ACUCGGCGUACCGGUCCUCAAAAAUCUAAGAUAUCUAACCCCAAUUUCCCUAGCUCCCCCCUUUUUUCCUUCACCUUCAAUCGUGCCGGGUGCCUCGGCCGUAUCGGAUUAAUACUAACCCGAAGCACCAUGGCCGGAACCCCUUACCAGACACCGACGGAGCCAGUUUCCGACACGGAAACCUUGCAGUACUGGUGCUACCACUGCGAGAAACGUGUCUCUAUCGAAACCCUAGACAAUCUCCCAGAUGUUAUCUGCCACGAGUGCAAGAACGGCUUUGUCGAAUCCCUUCCUGCUGCGUCGCGUCCGUCGUCGGCUUUACCUUCUGGAUCAUCCGAUCAGGCUGAAGAUCCGUUUCUGGGCUCACAAUUCCUUCAGGUCCUCCGUAUGAUGGCGCAGGCCGCGCGUGAAGACCACCCGCCUCCUCCACCGCCUCGGGAUCAUUUGCCCGAUGAUGAUUUUCUCCGGAUUGAGCUCGAUGGAUGGGAAAAUGAUGAAGAAGACGAAGAUCCGAACAAUACUGAGUUUCAAAAUCAAGAGGAAGAGGAUGGGGACGAACCAGACGAAGAAGAAGAUCGAUCUGAAAACGAGGACCAGGAAAAUCAAGAUCAACCAGAGAGAGAUGAGGAUGAAGAAGACAUGCGGCGAAGGCGGCGUGAUCUGCUGCGGGUUCGGAUCCAGGACUUUGUGCCCCGGGCAAGGAGUGGGCGGAACCGGAUCUUGGACUGGGCUGAGAUUCUGAUGGGCCUGGAGGACACCUCCAUCGAAUUUCGUCUCGAGGUUCCUGAAUCUGACCGAUACGUCGGCAAUCCCGAGGAUUACGUGGACGCAGAUGGGUACGAGGCGUUACUGCAGGCCUUGGCGGAGAACGAUAUAUCCGCAAGGAGAGGACCCCCACCAGCGGCCAAAUCAGCCGUGUUAGCUUUACCGGCGGUGAAGAUCUCGUCGGAGGACCAGGCUUUGGUCUGCGCUAUAUGUAAGGACAUGGUCAACGUUGGCGAGACGGCCACGAAAUUGCCCUGUGCUCAUGAGUACCACGGCGAUUGCAUUGGCCCGUGGCUGGGCUCCCGAAAUUCUUGUCCGGUUUGUAGAUUCGAGCUGCCAACGGAUGAUCCGGAGUACGAGGAUGAGAGGAAGAAGAAAGUUUGGGCGAGUGCCUCUGGAGCUUCCGGUUCCGGGGGAGAUAAUUCUGGUUCAGGUUGAUUCGAAUCGGUAUGCACCCUUUUUUUGUGGGGAUUGUUAAGUUGUUUAUGAACUUUGGGUUGUUUGUUUACUAGUGUAUUAGAGUUGAGAAAUGUUUCCGUUUCUUCUGAAUGUAAAUAGUAUUUAACUCAAGUUGGUGUUGCUUAUGUUCAAUGUCAUCCCUUUAUAAAUAAAGUUCUGAGAUUAUCUUGCA